CACGCGCUGCCUUGCUGAGUCACCAGCAACAACAACAACAACAACAACAACAACAACAACAACAACAACAACAACAAUACCGACCAACCCGCCCGUCGCUGUUCUGCCAUAAGCAUCUACCCACCUGGUAUGGGGGCCAAAAUAAUGGCGGCUAGAUGCAGUGCUCGUAUCCGGAUACGAUUUAAAAACCGACGGGAAUUACUUAAUUGUCCGACCGACCGACCGACCGGCCUGAAACAGGAAUGUGAGCUGAAGGAAGGAAAAGCCAAGUACUUACUCAGUAUCUACUUGACUCCUUACUACAUAGUAUCUAUAAAUAAGAUGUCUCUAAAACCGAACCAAUGAUAAUGUCAUAUCAUAAUAGCCAAGUAUGCAUCUGCACCUGCACCCUUUCUGCUCUUGUGUCACUCGGUAGCUCCGUAAACAGCUUCUCAACUGCAGAAGUAGUAAUGAUAAUAAAGAUAGAUAGUGGCAAUAUGAGUUGUUUCUUCUGUCUUAUCUUAUCAUCAGCAAUUGAAAUGAUAUCCCUUUCAAUCCUUGCAGUGUACAUGGCUUAGCAUACCAUAGCACACAUAUCUAUACCUCACCGCUCAAUUCAAGGCAACUAAAACUCAAUUCAUGUCACAUUCAAUUCAAUCGAACCAAAACCAGCCAUGUAUCCAUGCAGCAUGCACUUCGUUUAAUCGUAGCUCAGUCCAGGCCGGUCUCGGACCGGGCUCGACCUCGGUGUCAUUCCUUCACAUCUUCCAAUGGCAAUCCCAUCCUACCUUCACCAUAAAACCCCAUGAUUAUUACCAGUUUCCCAACUCAACCAAGUAUCUAUAUCCCCAAUGACUUCCCCUCUCAACUCCAAUACUAUAUCAUAACUUCCUAAUACCUCCCCGCCCCUCCCAACCCUGUAAC